AUGCCUACAGAUUGGUAUCAAUUAAAUCAGUCUUUAAAUAGUACAGCAACUACAUCGCAGAAUCCAACAACAACAACAAACGAAAUAUCAGCUCAAUCUCAAAUAAAACAAAAACAAAAGAGUAAAUUUCAAAAGUUUGCAACUACUGUUGCUGGAGGACAUAGGAAAGGACAAGAAUUAAAUCAACUCUAUUGGCCCGAAGGGAUUUUUAUUGAUAAUGAUAAAUCAAUUUAUGUUGCUGAUUCUUAUAAUCAUCGUAUUGUUAAAUGGAAAUUGAAUUCAAAUGAGGUAAGACGAUGGAAACAAGGAGAUAAAAAAGGUGAAUUAGUAGCAGGUGGAAAUGGUCAAGGAAAUCAUGUUAAUCAACUAAAUGGUCCUCAUAAUAUAUUUAUUGAUGAAAACGAUUCACUUUAUAUAUCAGAUCAGAACAAUCAUCGUGUAAUGAAAUGGAAAAAAGGUGCAAAAGAAGGUGAAGUUGCUGCUGGAGGAAAUGGUCUUGGAAAUAGUCUCAAACAAUUACAUCAACCUCAAGGAGUGAUUGUUGAUCAUUUGGGUCAAAUCUAUGUGGCAGACUGUUGGAAUCAUCGAAUAAUGCGUUGGUGUGAAGGAGAUAAAGAAGGUGAACUUGUUGUUGGCGGAAAUGGUUUAGGAAAGCAAUUAAAUCAAUUAAAUUUUCCCACAGGUUUAUCAUUUGAUAAUGAAGGAAAUCUUUAUGUUGCUGAUUAUUAUAAUUAUCGAAUCCAAAAAUAUAAAAAAACUUGA